GUACAUUUUCAGUAGUUUCACUUUUAACCGCUGAUCCUGUCGAUCGAUUAACAUCAACAUGGAAUGUGAAUAAUAAUAGUCAAUUGUUAGAAAAAUAUAAUAUUACGGAUGAAAAACAAUUAAAUGAUUUUCGUUUAACUAUUGUUGUUACAGUAUGUAUAUUGACUGGAUUAUUUCAA